AUGCUAAUUCUUGUAAUCAUAAAAUGGUAUAAGGCCCUCCCACAAAAGGAAGCGGGCGUUCUUGAGCACCAAUACUGCCAACCAAAGAAGCAAAUAGGACUUUCAGUUUUUAUCACGGCUAAGGAAAAUCGAGACAAAUUUGAGCCAGCCAUCCGGAUUCGAAUUAGCGACUUAAGGGUUCAGUUAAGAAAGAAGCGACCUAAGGAUUCAGUCAGGAAAGAAGCGACGGAGCGUGUAAAGGUAGCAGAAAAAGGAAGUUUCUCCUUCCUAUCUUAUCAAAAAGAACUUGAAGUGUUUGGGGACAUUGCGGAAAAGGCUGUUGGACAAGCAAUAAAGUUUCAAGGGAAAGAAUUACCAGCGAUUUAG